GACUCCGCGGCCGCCAUCUUUGUCGGAAACAUAAACAACACCAGCGGCUCGCGUUGGCGUCUGGGUGAACCACCGCCGUUUUCAUUAAUACAGUCUCUCGUCGCGGAGAUUCUCAGUUAAACCGAGGAUGACAGCAGGCUCGUUGGACACCUGAGAGCCCGUGCGUGUCCGCAGAUGGGGCUGUUGUACGGAUUUCCUCACAGGGAGGGGGCGUGAAGGUGGGCAGCAGAGGGGCCUUGCUGUCCGUUAGUCGUGAAGAGAUGGACCAGGACUACAAGAGGCGGCUGCUGAGGCAGAUCAACCACCAGAACCUGCCUGCAGAGAAGGAGGGUUUGGGUGCAGCCUGCUGUCCUGUCGGUGUGAAGUCAGGGGAUCGCUUUAUUCCCACCCGAGCUGGAAGCAACUGGAGCAUCAACUUCCACUACAGCAACGAAAACUGUCGCUCCCCCGCUCAGAACCAAAAAGCAAAAGACGCCAGUUCAGAUUCGAGCAAAGAUGCCGUGGCGUACGCUGCCCUGCUGAGGAACGAGCUGCUGGGCGCGAGCAUCGAGGCGGUGGGGGACCCGUGCUCAGACGACCGGCAGCAUGCAGUCUUCGCUCAAGACUCUCGUGGUGUUUUUAAGUACACGGUCCACACUAAGAGAGUGCCUUUUGAGGGCGAUAACGAAGUGUCUGCGUUCUCGCUCUCUCCGCUCAGCAACAAGAGUCAAAAGCUGCUCCGCUCACCGCGCAAACCAGCUCGGAAGAUUUCCAAGAUCCCCUUCAAAGUGCUGGACGCUCCGGAGCUGCAGGACGAUUUCUACCUCAACCUGGUGGACUGGUCGGCGGGGAACUUGCUGAGCGUCGGACUGGGAGCGUGCGUCUACCUGUGGAGUGCCUGCACGAGCCAGGUGACGAGGUUAUGUGAUCUGUCAGUGGAUGGAGACUCCGUUACAUCGGUCUGUUGGAACGAGAGGGGCAGUCUCGUCGCCGUUGGAACCCACAAGGGCUACGUUCAGAUCUGGGAUGCAGCAGGAGGGAGGAAGCUGACCUGCCUGGAGGGACACUCAGCCAGAGUAGGCGCCCUGGCGUGGAAUGGGGAGCAGUUGUCGUCUGGCAGUCGAGACAGAGUGAUCCUGCAGCGGGACGUCAGAACUCCCCCCUCUGCCGAGAGGAGGCUCCAAGGUCACAGGCAGGAAGUGUGCGGUCUCAAAUGGUCUCCGGACCACCAGCACCUUGCUUCUGGAGGCAACGACAACAAGCUGUUGGUGUGGAACAGCUCCAGCCUGGUCCCAGUGCAGCAGUACGGUGACCACUUGGCAGCAGUGAAGGCCAUCGCCUGGUCCCCUCACCAGCAUGGGCUGCUGGCGUCAGGCGGCGGCACCGCCGACCGCUGUCUGCGUUUCUGGAACACCCUGACGGGUCAGGCGCUGCAGAGCACGGACACCGGCUCUCAGGUCUGCAACCUGGCCUGGUCCAAACACGCCAACGAGCUGGUGAGCACCCAUGGCUACUCUCAGAACCAGAUCCUGGUGUGGAAGUAUCCGUCGUUAACACAAGUGGCCAAGUUGACCGGACAUUCUUACAGAGUCUUGUAUCUGGCUGUGUCUCCAGAUGGAGAGGCCAUUGUUACUGGAGCUGGAGAUGAGACGCUACGUUUCUGGAGCAUCUUCAGUAAGACGCGCUGCACAAAGGAAUCAAAAUCGGUUCUUAACCUCUUCACAAGAAUCCGGUAGUGAACAGCCAAGGUCAGGACUGCUCCAGGAGGAACAUGGUGGGUCAGUUCUGAACAGUUCUUAUCGGUAUACACCCCACCACCUGCCACCAUCAGACCACCAACCUUCUCAGAGAUGGUCAUUUUUAAAACCUCUUACCAGCAGAAGAUGGAACUCUAACGUCGGACGAUAACUGCCAUCUUUCACCCACAUGUCACUAAUUAAAAACAAAAAACGUCAUGAAACUUCAACUCCAAACGUUGGUCUUGCUCUCUUUUCUGUUGUGGAAGUGAUCGAGGUGAUUCAUUAUGUAUUAGUCUGCGUGUGCAGGAGCUGUCUAAAGUAUGACGUGGCAUUUUAGAGACUGGUUUCUUUGGAGCAGGAUGAAGCCAACAUGAAGGCU